GACAAACAGUCCACCAAGUUGACGAACGAAUUGCGUGCCUGACGAUCGCGUUCCUGUCCAGAGCAGUAGUCUCAUGCUGAGGAUAGCAUUAUUAUCUUGCACUCAGUGUCUCGAUACAUGCAAUUGCAGACACAUGUAAGCCCUCUGAUUUCUACAUGUUGACCAAGACACGUCGUCAGGCUGUUGAUACUACGCCGUCUAUAAUUGUGUGCAUUUCGCUAUUUCGGCGAUAAGCAAAGUCCGGACUAGUCGAUGUGUGGACUUCUAUGACGCCAAAAUCUCACUGAUGGCCGUGGCGUUCGAUGAGUCUGAUUAUUCCCGAGGUCGCACCUCACCUCGCGUCAUUGAGUUGUCCGUGGGUGAGUGAGUCCAUGACAAUGAAGCGGGGAUAAAGUGGCGUUAAGACAGCCGCCCCGUAGAUAGCUUUAAAGCCGGACGAGACCGCACACCGUAAAACGCGCCGUUAUGGUAGCUGCAGACUGCGUUUGGUAUUAAUCUCAAGUUGAAUGCAAGUCUUGUUCUUGACAGUAUUUAGAUUAGCUGGAACACUUGCAAUCUAUCGAAACUAAGCCCAACAAGACGGUUGUACGUCGAGUCCAACACGCAUCUUACCGCCUCUGAAUCACCAUGUCGUCAGCAAAGGGUCUCGCUCUUGUCACCGGCGCCAACGGCUUCAUCGGAGCCCGCACCGUCGAGGCGUUCCUCCUUGCCGGCUACUCCGUGCGCGCCGCCGUCCGGUCCAUAAACUCGGCAUCGGGCCUCCUCGGAGCACUUCCUUCGUAUGCCGCAUCCGGUCAGCUCUCCACAGCCAUCGUCCCCGACAUCACCGCGCCGGGUGCGUUCGACGAAGCGGUCAAGGGCGUGACCGCAAUCGCCCACCUCGCAAGCCCGGUCGACUUCUCCAACACGAAUGCCGAAGAGGUCCUGGGCACGGCCCUCAAAGGCACCCUUGGCAUCCUGGGCUCGGCCGUCAAAGAGUCGGGGCUGAAGUCGUUCGUCUUCAUGUCCUCCAUCGUCGCCGUCAGGGGCUCCGACCCGCGGUUCGAGGGCCGUGUCUUCACGGAGGAGGACUGGAACGACGACGCGGAAGAGACCCUUCGCAAGGCGGGGCAAGACGCGACCGGCCACCAGAUCUACAUCGCGAGCAAAGUCGUGGCCGAGCGCGCCUUCUGGGACUUCCGGGAGCGGAACCGAGCCCGCGUAGGCUUCGGCAUGACGGCGAUCAACCCGGUCUGGGUCGCGGGCCCGCCCUUGAUCCUGCCCGAGGACCCCAAUAAACUAAGCGAUACCGCCGUCGUCGCGUACCGCGUCAUGAAGGGCGACGAGGUGCCGCCGGUGGGGCCGGGGAACGGGACGCACGUCGACGCCCGCGACGUCGGCCGGCUCGUCGUGUUUGCGGCCGACAGGCCGGACGCCGCGGACGGGCAGCGCUUCAUCGCGGGCGGCAAUGGGAACUUUGCCAACAUUCAGGCCUACUGCGAUGUUCUACGGAAGGCCUACCCCGGGAGGAGAGACAUCAUCAGGGAGGGUGAGCCCGGCCGGGGCUACCGGGCGGACUACAGCGAGCCUCCAGAGGCGAGGGGAGUCGAUGCGAGCAAAGCGGUGAAGGCCACGGGGCAGGGUUGGAUUUCGUUCGAGAAAAUGCUUUUGGAUGCAGCAAAGUCUUAUGAGAGAUAUUUCUGAGUACGCCGGCUAGCGAGCUCGAAUCGUCGCAGUAGAAGUUCUUAUCUUGGACGAACGCAUGCUCACGUCUUAGUGCUAGCACCCCUAGAU